AUGAAACUGCUGGGCAUUUUACUUGUUUUAUGUGUGGCACAAAGGGCGGUUGCCGAAGAUAAUUCGGAUUUGUCGGAUCCCGUUGCCUUCGACAAUGAUGAAGUCCUUUGGCAUGUCCUUUAUACCAAAUUGAAUUUGAUUAUGAAUGUCACGGAUACUAUGAGUGAUACCGUAAUGGAAUUGCAAAAUAGACAACGUGAACAGGAGGAUCGCACAAUGCAAUUGAUAGAAAAACUAAAUACCGAUGCCAAACAAUAUAUGGAUGAACAGUUUAAGGAAUUGUCGGAAAGACAAUCCCAACAAGAAGCCAAACUAACCCAUCUUGUGGAAAAAAUCGAUGAAUAUUUUUCGGAAACCAAUAAAAGAUUUGAUGACCUCACCUCCCGCCAAGAUAACCAGGAAAAUCUAAUUGUGAGCAUUUCCAAUCAAACCCAAGCCUGGACGACAGUGAUGCGUCGUCAAGAUGGCUCUGUGGAUUUCUAUCGUAAAUGGGCGGAAUAUAAAUCGGGUUUUGGCAAUCCGCCAAAUGCCUAUGGAGCUAUUGGUUGUAAUGCAUGA